AUGGAUGAUAAAACGAAAUUGAAAAAGUCUAGAGCUGUCAUUCGUACAGCAUUAACUAAACUUAUAAAUAAAUUAGAAAGCGAAUUUGAUGAGCAAUCGGUUGAUAGCUUAAGAGGGCAUUUAGAAUAUUUGAAUGAGAUGUUAAAACAAUUAAGAGAAUUAGAUAGUAAGAUUCAAGAAAUUAUUUCAGAAGAAAACGAAUUUGAUACGGAAAUAGAAGCUGCUUUUCAAUACAAUGAAAAGAUUACUUUAUUAUGUUCUAGAAUUUCAAUACAAAUUAAUAAACUCUCUAAAGUUGAUUCUAGUAUUUCAUCACAGUUUAACCCAAAUUUGGCAUUGAGUACACAGAAUGGUUCGUUAAAUAAUUCGGUUAUUGAAUCUGCUGUUAAUUCUAAUAGAACUGUCAAUUCUGUUCGUCUACCUAAAUUAAGUAUCGAUAAAUAUUUUGGGGACCCAUGUUUAUGGUUAGAAUUUUGGAAUAAAUUCCAAAACUCGAUUGAUCAAAACGAAAGCUUAACUAAAAUAGAUAAAUUUACGUAUCUAAAAUCCUUAUUAGGAGGAUCUGCCGGUAAUGUGGUGAAUGGUUUCGCAUUAUCCGACGAAAAUUAUGAUAAAGCUUUAAUGUUAUUAAAAGAAAGAUUUGGAAGAGAUGAGCUCGUUAUUAAUGCUCAUAUGUCAAAACUGUUGAAUCUUUAUCCUGUAAAGGAUUCAAUGAAUCGCGACGAACCGACUUUAAAUAUUGAAAUUGAAGCAUUAGAAACUGAACAAAUAACUGCAACUAAUUUACCUGCUCCUAAUGAAAAUAUUCCGAACCUAAAUAAACAAUUAAAAGGAUUACAGCUUGCUGAUUGCUAUGAAUUUAGAAAUAACAAAAUUGUGCUUUUAGUGGGUGCUGAUUACUAUUAUGAUAUAGUGACUAGUAGAAUAAAAAGGUUAAAUGAUAAGCUUGUAGCCACUGAAACUUUAUUUGGUUGGUGCCUCCAAGGAAAAAUCGAUAUGACAAAUCAAAUAUUGGAAAUGAAAAUUAUAGUAGAAGAAAAAACGAUAUCGGAUGAAUUAAAAAAAUUUUGGGAAUUAGAAAACUUAGGCGUUGAGGUUGAUACCGAUGAAAACAUUUUUGACGAUACGAUUAUGAAGGAAUUUGAAUCGGGAAUUACUUUCUCUAAUAACAGAUACAACGUAAAGCUCCCGUGGAAACCUGGUAUGAAGGAACAGUUACACGAUAAUCGUGAAGUUGCUCAAAAACGGUUUUUAGGGUUAAAAACGAAAUUCCUUAAUGACCCCUUGCUUUUCACUGAAUACAAAACUGUUCUGGAUGAGUAUCUAAAGGAGAACAUUAUUGAACAAGUUACGUGUGGGUUGAAUAAAAAGACGAACGAACCAACAUUUUAUUUGCCUCAUAGAGCAGUGAUCCGUAAGGAUAAGACGACAAGUAGAUUACGCAUUGUUUUUGAUGCGUCUUCCCAUAGUAAAGGAGAACUAUCCUUGAACGAUUGUUUACAUAUUGGAUUAAAUUUAAACCCUGAUAUUUUUCUUCUUCUGAUUAGAUUUAGAGAAAAUCCUAUAGCAUUUACAGCUGACAUAAAGCAGGCAUUCCUCCAGAUAGAAAUUAAUGAAGAGGAUCGGGAUGCGACCAGAUUUUUUUGGCAGCAGGAACCAGAUAGCUCUGAAGGAGACAAUUUGAUAAUAUAUAGAAUGACCCGUGUUUUAUUCGGGGUAAGUUCAAGUCCAUUCCUUCUCGCUGCAACAAUCAAGCAUCACUUGAAAAGGUAUGUUGAUAAUUUUCCUGAUACUUGUGCAAUUUUAAAUAAUUCUUUAUAUGUCGAUGAUUUAAUUAGUGGUCGGCAAAAUGUAGAAGAGGCUUUAAAAACGAGCUUAGAAAGUUUUAAGAUUUUUAAGGAUGCAAGUAUGAUUUUAAGAAAGUGGCAGACUAAUUCAUUCGAGUUGCGUGAUCGAUGGAAAGAUAUUGGAAUGGACAUUGGUCCAUCCAUUGAGCCUAAAAACGAAACUUUCAUGCCUUCUAAGGUACUAGGAGUUGUAUGGAACCCUGAACGUGAUUUAUUUCAUUUCGAUGCUAAAGGUUUAAUACAAUUUCUCUCGAAACGAAUGAACACUAAAAGAUUUCUCUUGCAAGCUGCAGGUCGUAUUUUUGACCCUGUAGGGUUUCUUGGACCAUUUAUAAUUAGAUUAAAGAUUUUAAUUCAAGAACUGUGGUGUUUGGGUUUGGACUGGGACGAGCGUUUCCCAAUGAAAUUAGACACUGAUUGGAAUGAAUGGUGUGAGGAAGUUCUAGAACUGAAUACUUUCAAUAUACCCCGUUACUAUUUUGGAGAUACUCAUUCCACUGAAAUAGAUAACAUUCAAAUGCACUGUUUUUCAGAUGCCUCUAAGAAAGCUUAUGGAGCGGUUGUGUAUUUUCGAGUAGCAUUAAAGGACGGAAAGAGUUUUACUAGUUUUGUAGCAUCAAAGUGCAGAUUGGCUCCAAUAAAAACAAUUUCAAUACCUAGACUUGAGUUAAUGAGUGCUCUCUUGGCAGCUAGAUUGAGUAAUAAAAUCUCCAAAGCUAUAAAGUAUCCAUUAACUCAUUACUUCUGGACCGAUUCAUCUAUCACUUAUUUUUGGAUUAAAGGCGCUCCUAGUAGAUUUAAACCAUUUGUGAAAAAUAGAAUUCAAGAGAUCCAAAGAUUUACUGAUCCAAAAGAUUGGCGUCAUUGUCCUGGAAAGGAUAAUCCUGCCGAUUUAAUAUCAAGAGGUAUGUCGGCAGCCGAACUUCGUGAUAGUGAUUUUUGGUGGCAUGGUCCUGAUUGGUUAGCACAGAAUGAACACUCUUGGCCCAAAUCUUUGGAACUGUCAAAACAGUUAAAUAUUGAAAACAUAGAAAAUUACGAGCUUUGCAAAGGAGCUAUUUUAACUUCAACAGUUGUAGAGUGCCCUUCAGAGAACGAUUUAAUUAUAAAAUAUUCUUCAUUUGACAAAUUAGUUAGAAUCACUGCAUGGUGUUUAAGAUUUAUUGAUAACUGUAAAAUUAAUAUUUCUAAUAGAAAGAAAGAUUAUUUAAGUGCUAUCGAAAUACAAAAUGCUACAAAGAUGUUAGUAAAGUAUGUACAACGAUCUGAAUUUAAGUCUGAAAUAAAGUAUUUACAAUUAAAGCAUCCAAUUCCGAAGAAUAGUAAAAUUUUAUCUCUAAAUCCAUUUCUUGACAAAGAUGAGCUGCUUCGAGUUGGGAGAAGAUUAAAAUUUUCAAAUCUGUCAGAUAACCAGAAGCAUCAAUUGCUUUUACCCAAAUCGCACCAUUUCACAGAUUUGAUUAUAGAACAUUUUCACAAAAUAUCUCUACAUUCAGGCACGCAGACGACACUUUUUCUUAUUCGCCAAUCAUACUGGAUACCUUCGGGACAAGAUCGAGUCAGACGUGUGAUAAAUAGAUGCUUGACUUGUUUUAAAGCUAGAAGUCAAACUAUUAACCAAAUGAUGGGCGACCUGCCCAGGGACCGAGUUAUCCCAUCUCGACCAUUUGAAAAGGUGGGACUCGAUUUUGCUGGUCCCAUAAUUACUAAACCUAAUCUUAAAAGAUCUAGAGUGACUUUAAAAUCAUACAUUGCUAUUUUCAUAUGUUUCAGUACCAGAGCAACCCAUUUUGAAGUAGUGUCUGAUUUGACUACUGAGAGUUUUUUAGCUUGUCUUAGGAGAUUCAUUGCUAGGCGCUCAAAACUCUCAAUCAUAUGGAGUGAUAAUGCCACUAAUUUUAAGGGCGCAAAAAAUAUUUUGGAUUCCCUGCUAAAAGCAUGCAAAUCGGACUCCGUGCAAAGAUUUUGUGCCAAGGAAGGUAUAGUGUGGAACUUCAUACCUCCAGCAUCUCCUCACUUCGGUGGAUUAUGGGAGGCCAAUAUUGGAGCUAUGAAACGGAUCUUGUUGAAGGUGACUAAAUCAACAGUGUUGACUUUUGAAGAGCUUACUACGCUGGUGACACAGAUUGAAGCAGUUUUGAAUUCAAGACCACUGUGUCCUCUUUCUGCCGAUCCAGCUGAUCUUCAACCUUUGACACCUGGCCAUUUUUUGGUGGGAGCACCACUGUUGUCAAUACCAGAACCCAGUGAUUCCUUGACUAACAUUUCUUUAUCUUCUAGAUGGUCUCUCAUCCAGUCUCUUAGAUCCAAAUUUUGGAAAAGAUGGAGCCAAGAAUAUCUCAACUCCUUGCAGUCUCGAGCUAAAUGGAAACUACCUCAACUGAAUAUCAAACCCGGACAGCUGGUACUCCUGAAGGAUAAUAGCAAGAGCCCUAUGGAAUGGAACUUGGCCCGAAUUGAAAAGACAUAUCCUGGAACAGAUGGACUAGUCCGUGUCGCAGACAUCAGAACCCCUAAAGGAAUUUUUCGGCGAAGUAUCAACAGACUUUGUCCACUCCCUUUUGAAGAAAGUGUUGGACAACUGUCCAACGGGGGCCGGGAUGUUCCGUCCUAG